CCCCAAACUACAGAAAACGCAGAGUAAAACCAAACAAAACCGAGGGAUUUCGAGAAAAGCCGAGAGACAGCAACUAGAACUCUACAAGUUCAUUUUUUCCCCCUUACUCCACGCAAAGCCAAUCGAUUAUUUUUGUUAAAUUCAUUUGAACUUAUUUCAUCUUUUUGAAAUCUGAACUUAAAUCAGUCCAACAAUGGCGGCUUCUUCUUCUACUACUUCAAUGGCGUCUGUUAAUGGUUUCAGUUUUUGUGCUACACGUUCUGUUUCUAAUAUAAACAAUCUCCUUUUAACUCACCCACGCCUUUCUUUGAGCUUUCCUUCAAAACCCAAUUCAUUGAAAUCCUUUAAACCACUUCAGUUAAGGAAAAAUGGGGUUUUUGAGAGGUUUUCAAGGACUUCUUCAAGGCCUUUCGUUGUUCGUUGUGAAGCUUCAACUGGGAAGAUUACACAACAGGACUUCACUGAAAUGGCCUGGCAAGCCAUUGUUUCUUCACCAGAUGUGGCUAAAGAGAAUAAGCAUCAAAUAGUGGAGACUGAACACUUGAUGAAAGCUCUAUUGGAGCAGAAGAAUGGUCUUGCUCGGCGAAUAUUUUUGAAAGUCGGAGUUGACAAUACUCGCCUUCUCGAAGCGACUGAUAAGUUCAUCCAACGCCAGCCGAAGGUUUUGGGUGAAUCUGCUGGUUCAAUGUUAGGACGUGAUUUGGAAGCACUGAUGCAGCGAGCAAGAGAGUACAAAAAGGAGUACGGGGAUUCGUUUGUUUCUGUCGAGCAUUUGGUUCUUGGAUUUACACAAGAUCGGCGUUUUGGGAAGCAGUUGUUCAAGGAUUUCCAGAUAUCCAACCAAGCCUUGAAAUCCGCAAUAGAAUCUAUUAGGGGACGUCAGUCAGUUACCGACCAAGACCCCGAAGGAAAGUAUGAAGCGUUGGAGAAGUAUGGGAAAGAUCUAACAGCAAUGGCGAGAGAAGGAAAGCUUGAUCCAGUUAUUGGAAGAGAUGAUGAAAUACGUAGGUGCAUUCAAAUCCUUUCUAGGAGAACAAAGAACAACCCUGUGCUCAUUGGUGAACCGGGUGUUGGUAAAACUGCAAUUUCUGAAGGGCUUGCCCAAAGAAUCGUUCAAGGGGAUGUCCCUCAGGCUUUGAUGAACCGUAAGCUUAUCUCACUCGACAUGGGUGCACUCAUAGCUGGGGCUAAAUAUCGAGGAGAGUUUGAAGACAGACUGAAGGCUGUACUUCGGGAAGUCACUGAUUCAGAAGGCCAAAUUAUCCUCUUCAUUGAUGAGAUUCACACAGUUGUUGGGGCAGGUGCCACCAAUGGUGCAAUGGACGCAGGCAAUCUGUUGAAGCCUAUGCUUGGUCGGGGAGAACUGCGAUGUAUUGGGGCAACGACUCUAGAUGAAUAUCGUAAAUACAUUGAGAAAGAUCCUGCCCUGGAACGUCGUUUCCAGCAGGUUUAUGUUGAUCAACCAACAGUAGAAGAUACAAUUUCUAUUCUCCGGGGGCUUCGUGAGAGAUAUGAGCUUCAUCAUGGAGUCCGUAUUUCUGACAGUGCACUUGUGGAGGCUGCAAUCUUGUCUGACCGUUACAUUAGUGGCCGAUUUUUACCUGACAAAGCUAUUGAUUUAGUUGAUGAAGCAGCUGCUAAAUUGAAAAUGGAGAUCACUUCAAAACCUACUGCCCUCGAUGAGAUUAAUCGUUCGGUACUGAAGUUGGAAAUGGAGAGGUUGUCUCUCACAAAUGAUACUGAUAAAGCUUCAAGAGAUAGACUGAGCCGCCUUGAAGCUGAGUUGGCGCUCUUAAAGGAGAGACAGUCCGAGUUGACUGAACAAUGGGAGCAUGAGAAGUCUGUAAUGACAAACAUUCAGUCGAUCAAGGAAGAGAUUGAUAGGGUCAAUGUUGAGAUUCAGCAGGCCGAGCGGGAGUAUGAUCUCAAUCGAGCUGCUGAGCUGAAGUACGGAAGUCUGAACUCUUUGCAGCGCCAACUUGCUGACGCUGAAAAAGAAUUAGAUGAGUAUAUGAAAUCUGGAAAAUCGAUGCUAAGAGAAGAAGUUACAGGAAACGAUAUUGCCGAAGUAGUUAGUAAAUGGACUGGCAUACCGAUUUCCAAGCUUCAACAAUCUGAGAGGGAGAAACUAUUAUAUUUAGAAGAAGUGCUGCAUAAACGUGUCGUAGGUCAAGAUCCUGCGGUCAGAUCCGUAGCUGAGGCCAUUCAACGAUCUCGAGCUGGUCUCUCAGAUCCCCGUCGUCCAAUUGCCAGUUUCAUGUUUAUGGGUCCUACUGGUGUAGGGAAAACGGAACUAGCAAAAGCACUUGCAUCUUACUUGUUUAAUACGGAAGAAGCACUUGUUCGAAUCGAUAUGAGUGAGUAUAUGGAAAAACAUGCGGUUUCAAGACUUAUAGGUGCUCCACCUGGUUAUGUUGGGUAUGAAGAAGGAGGACAGCUGACAGAAACAGUUCGCCGGAGGCCCUAUGCUGUAAUUCUUUUUGAUGAGAUCGAGAAAGCUCAUGGUGAUGUAUUUAAUGUUUUCCUUCAAAUUUUGGAUGAUGGGAGAGUCACUGAUUCACAAGGUCGUACUGUGAGCUUUACCAACACUGUCAUCAUUAUGACUUCGAAUGUGGGUUCACAAUACAUUCUAAACUCGGAUGAAGACACACCUAAAGACUUAGCUUAUGAAACUAUCAAGCAGAGGGUAAUGGAAGCUGCAAGAGCUAUCUUUCGACCUGAGUUCAUGAAUCGUGUUGACGAGUAUAUAGUGUUCCAACCUUUGGACCGCGAACAAAUAAGCAGUAUUGUGAGAUUACAGCUGGAACGUGUGCAAAAUAGGAUUGCAGAUAGGAAAAUAAAACUUCAGGUAACGGACAGUGCCAUUCAACUUCUCGGAAAUCUUGGUUAUGAUCCAAACUACGGUGCUAGACCGGUGAAACGAGUGAUUCAGCAGAACGUUGAAAACGAACUUGCCAAAGGCAUAUUGAGAGGAGAGUUCAAAGAUGAGGAUACAAUCUUGGUAGACACCGAGCUAACUGCAUUCGCAAAUGGUCAACUCCCCCAGCAAAAGCUAGUCUUCAAGAAACUCAAUAAUGAUUCCGAUACUCAAGCAACCGGCAGUCAAGAAGCUUUAUCUCAGACUGUCUGAAAGUUGGAAGAAACUCGACAAUGAUUUGGAUACUUGAGCAACUGACAGUCGAGAAGCUUCAUCACAGUCUGUCUGAAAGUUAAUAACUAUUAAGUUUCUUUCCCCUAAAUGCUGUAAGUAUUACACAGUUUUGCAUUGUAUAUGAAUUCUCUAUAAGUCCCAAAUCAACAGUUAUAUCUAUAUCUAUAUAUUCUUUUAAGUGA